AAAUAAUGGGAAAGACUUAUUCCACCCUCAAGUGGAAGUUCAAAGGUCGGAAGGCAUAUAGUGAAUAUGCUAUCCAACAUGAGAUUGAAAGAUAUGAUUUUGGUACUCUAGAUAAAGUAUGCAGGCAAUAUUACAAUGCUGAUUUUGGGACAAAACAAUCUGACCGUAUAUCAAUGGAUCUUGAAGACUAUGAAGAUAAGCAAGCAUUGUCGAAGAUAGCAGAAUUAGCUCUAAAGGUAGAGAAGCUCCAGUAUAUAGAAUUUAGUAGUAUUCAGAAGAAUGAAAAGAAACUUAACAAGUUAUUAAAUGACCUAAGAGUGAAAAACCUUAAAAGACUCUACUUUGAUGCCCAUUAUUCAGGUUCAGUAUUGUUCAGCUUUUAUUCCAGAAACAUUGCUAGGUUUUUGCCUUUAGCUACUGAAUUGGUCCAAAUCAAUAAUUUCAGAGUAUCUCAUAAAGACUUUGGUAGAGUCCUAGUGGCUUGCCAAUACUCUUCAAAAAUAGUAUUUCAAAAGUGCAGAAUUAUCAUCAAUGGGUUUGACUAUCUUGAUAAUGCUCAGCCUUCAAUCGGAGAUAUACAUUUGCACUAUAACACCAUCAUCCAGCCAGAAGAAGACAAUGAGUUCUUGGAUGGGCUCAUACAGAAGAUGGCAGACUCAAGCCUCAAUGACUCCUUGAAACAUGUCUUGGUAAAGUCUCAGGAUUCAAUAAGAAGAGGCAAGAAAAUUCUUCCAAAGAAUAAGUACACUAUAGGAAACUUUGAUGUCAAAAUUUAUUAAGCAAACUUUUCU